GUGAUAUUUUCUUCUUUGGCUUGCCUCCUCCAUUGCUUUGCUAAGCGUUGUCGCAGGUUUAUUUUCUCUAAGACAAAGUAUUUUAGUUUUGAGUUUUUAAGUACAUUAUCAGUUAUCCCGAGCAGGAAUAUUGUGUUAUAUGGUUUAGUUUUUCAGAGUGAGGUCUUGAAGUCAACACAGAGGCGUUAAGAGGUUUCGUCGCUAGCUUGAGCUAGCCGCCGAUGCUAGUUAACUGUUAGUUUGAUGCCGUCUAACUAAUAUACAGAAGGUGCUGAAAAAUACCAGAGCGUCGUAACGAAGGAUGCUGGCUACGGGAGCAGCAGUGACUAAUGUCACAGCCCUGGCCCAGGUGGACAGGGAGAAGAUCUACCAAUGGAUCAAUGAGCUGUCUAGUCCAGAAACAAGAGAAAAUGCCUUGUUAGAACUCAGCAAGAAAAGGGAGUCUGUGCCAGACCUGGCACCGAUGCUAUGGCACUCAUGUGGCACUAUUGCUGCACUGUUGCAGGAAAUUGUGAACAUCUAUCCAUCGAUAAACCCCCCCACACUGACGGCUCACCAGUCUAACAGAGUGUGCAAUGCCCUGGCACUUCUACAGUGUGUCGCCUCUCACCCAGAGACACGGUCAGCGUUUCUUGCUGCUCACAUACCCCUGUUCCUUUACCCUUUUCUACACACUGUGAGCAAAACCCGGCCAUUUGAGUAUCUGCGUCUUACCAGCCUGGGAGUCAUAGGAGCCUUGGUAAAAACGGAUGAACAAGAAGUGAUUAACUUUCUCCUUACUACUGAAAUCAUUCCAUUGUGUCUGCGCAUCAUGGAGUCAGGAAGUGAACUCUCCAAAACGGUUGCAACUUUCAUCCUGCAGAAGAUCCUGUUGGAUGACACGGGGCUGGCGUACAUAUGCCAGACAUACGAACGUUUCUCUCAUGUGGCCAUGAUCCUUGGGAAAAUGGUUCUCCAACUAUCUAAAGAACCAUCAGCACGUCUGCUGAAGCACGUAGUGCGCUGCUACCUUCGCCUCUCGGAUAAUCUCAGAGCCAGAGAAGCCUUGCGUCAGUGUCUGCCAGACCAGCUGAAGGACAGCACCUUCGCUCAGGUGUUGAAGGACGACACCACCACGAAGCGCUGGUUGGCACAGCUGGUCAAGAACCUGCAGGAGGGCCAGGUCACUGACGCGCGAGGAAUCCCACUGGCUGCUCAGUGAUGAUGUACGAGUUUACCAUGGACACAGACGCACUCUGCCUUCAGUGUCUGAUUUGGUGUAAAUGCCGAACGUGGUGCUAAGACUCUGCAAACUAAAGGACUUGUGAAGCAGUAGAGGAAGACAUUUAUUCCUUUUGAAUGACUGCUUAAAUCUUUACCACCAAAUUAUCUGUCAGCACUUCCACUCUUAUAGUGAGGCAGAGCUAAAAAUCUGUUUUAAAUGCCUGACUGUUCCACUUUUGAUAUAUGAGAAUAAUUAAAAACCCAGUACUGAUGUACCAGCUAUGAAAGUGUACAAAUGUGUACAGAUAGAAAGGUGCCUAAGGCAACAAAUCAGUUGGAAGGCAUUUUGUGAAAGAUGGCUGUAAACAUUCAGAUUAUUUUUUUUUAAUGAAUGUAUUCAUUAAACUUGAAUUAGAACAAAUGUACUUAUGCAUAACGUACUGAAGUUCACUGUCCUGCAAGUGCUUUUCUUUAAUUCAGCAAACGAUACAUUAAAACGGACGUGGCUGUGAUUAAACGGGUGGUUGUUCAAAUGAGA